AUGGCCUCGCCGCCGUACGCGUCGUCUCCGUUAGCCAUGUCGCCGCCCAACCCGUCGCCGGCCGUUCUCCCCAACAAGAAGCGGUCCUCGACGCUCGACGGUGAUGGUCCUCCGGUGAAGCGACGCAAGCCGUCGGGCGUGUCCCAGCCGGCGCAUCCUCUACGGCAAACAUCGUUCCCACCCGAGGUCCGGUCGCCAUACGCACGAUCGCCGUCGAUGGAUGCAUCAUCGAUCGUCAGCGGCAGCGCCGUCAGCGCGCCGAAGAAGAAGCGGGGACGCAAGUCGAAAAUGGACAAGGGCGACGAGUUGAGGGAGCAGACGCCAAGCCUCGUCGGUGGCAAGGCGCCGACGACGGUGAGCGGCCAGGGAGGCGAGAAGGAGGGCGAGGACGACGAGGACGACGAAAACCAAGAGAUGGCGCUGGAGGAGGGCGUGGCGCGCACACAAGAGCAGAAGCAAGAGGAAAUAAGAUUGCGCGCUCUCCUUGUGGAAGCGUUUGACAGCGAGCAGUACAACCGGUACGAGCUGUGGCGAGCGGCCAAGCUGUCGGACGCGGUGGUGAAGCGGGUGGUCAACGCUACGGUGUCCCAGUCGGUGCCGCAGAUGGUCAGCACCGCCGUCAAGGCUGUGGCGAAGCUGUUCGCCGGCGAGAUCAUCGAGUCGGCGAGGCGGGUGCAGGGGGAGUGGAUGGCUGCGGGCGAGACGCAAGCGGAGGUGGCGACGGAGCCGCCGUCGGUCGACGAGGAAGGCACCGAGAGGGAGAUGAAGCGCGGUCCGCUGCGUCCCGAUCAUCUGCGCGAGGCGUGGAAGCGAUACAGGGCCAGCGGUGCGAGCCGCGGGGUCGGGAUGCAGCAGAUGUGGCAUGCGCAGCAAGGAGACGGCGUCGAACGGUUCUCGACCCGAACAGGUAAAAGACUGUUCAAGUAG